AUGAAUUCAGUGAGCUGGGAAACACCAGGAAAGGUAAACGCUAACGGAGGAAAAAUCGACAAACUGAAAGUUGCCGAUGACUUUAUGCUAUUGGAUCCUUGCAAGGUCGAAGAACAGGUGUACGGUACCUCAUGCGGAACCAUGUUCUGUAAUGAAGCACUUGGUGAGGAAUGUAUCGCCGGAAAAUUGUGUGGAUGUCCAAAAGGACAGAAGCGUAAGGAUGCACAGAGCCCUUGUCGUGUGGUGGAAUCGUUCAACUUGCCGCUGUACGUCGUACGAGACGGUAAUAACCCACUGAAAUAUACGCCAGCUCUUGCUAAUCCACGAGACGACAGGCACAAGGAACUGGUGGAAAGGUUCGAGAGUGGAGUUGGUGACAGCUACGACAAGACACCUCUGAAGAGCGGAUUCGUUUCUGCCGAAGUGAAUGACAUCGAGGAGCCAUCGCUGCGUAACGCGGUGAGAAACCUUUGGAACUGCACUCAGUACAAAGAGCUAUCGAAAAAUUCUCUACGAUGGAGAUCCUAUUUGAGCCCUGGGGAGGGUCGUUACUGCAUUGCCGACCAUGAGAUGAAUCUGCACUAA